AUGAAUUCUGAGGAGUCCAUAAAGAAACCUGCCUCUGUUGGGCCAUGGGGAGGCAAUGGAGGGUCCCGCUGGGAUGACGGGAUAUACUCAGGAGUAAGGCAAUUGGUGAUAGUUCACGGGGCAGGAAUUGACUCCGUUCAGAUUGAAUAUGAUAAGAAAGGAAGCUCUAUUUGGUCAGAAAAACAUGGUGGAAGUGGAGGAAAUAAAACUGACAAGGUGAAACUUGAUUAUCCAGAUGAGUUCUUAACUUCAAUUCAUGGAUACCAUGGUAGUUUAAAUCAAUGGGGGAACAACUUAGUUCGGUCACUGAGUUUUGAGAGCAACAAGAAAACUUAUGGACCAUUUGGUGUCGAGCAAGGGACAUAUUUUUCAGUACCGAUGACUGGGGCCAAAAUUGUUGGGUUCCAUGGCAAGUGUGGUUGGUACCUGGAUGCCAUUGGAGUCUAUAUGAAGACAUUGAAGCAACCAAAUUUAUCCAAAAUUUUAGCUCCUUCGGGCCACAUGACUAACACUAAUGAGAGUUUUGGUUAUUCUUUGAUACAAGGAACUGUGAACCAGAACUAUGAUAUUGUUGUUGCUGUACGUCAGAAAGAUCCUAAAGAUGAUUUCAGUAAGCCUAUACCAAACAAGGUAUCAGGGAAGAUUUCUACCGUCAAAGAAACCAACAACAUUGAACACAAAGAAAAGAUAACACAUUCAGAAAAGUCAACAGCAAAGGUUGAUGGUGUAUGUACAUAUGGUCCUUGGGGUGGCAUUGGUGGAUCUGCAUUUGACGAUGGAACCUAUAAAGGAAUCCGGCAAAUCAAUUUGUCGCGCAAUGUUGGAAUUGUAUGGAUUAGAGUUUUGUAUGAUCAUGAUGGGGAUCCCAUAUGGGGAUGCAAACAAGGCGGGACAGGAGGAUAUAAAAGUGAUAAGAUAGUAUUUGAUUUCCCAUAUGAAGUCCUGACACAUAUAUCUGGCUACUAUGGACCUUUGAUGUACAUGGGGCCGGCUGUUGUAAGAUCACUUACUUUUCACACCACAAAAAAGAAGUAUGGACCAUUUGGGGAAGAACAAGGAACUUACUUCACCACAAAGGCGAAAGAAGGUAAAAUCGUUGGCAUUCAUGGGAGAAAAGGUCUGUUCCUUGAUGCUUUUGGUGUACAUGUGGUAGAAGGGAAAGUAGUAGUACCGGUAGCAACACAUCCAAAGGAAAUCAUCCCUAGAGAAACAAAUAUUGGUGAGAUAGGCAGUGUUCAUUGGCCUAACAAGCUGUUACUUUCUAAGCCCGCAGCAGCUGAAGAGGUUUCUUGUGGUUUGAUCAAAGAACCAGCUCCAUGUGGAGCAGGCCCUUGGGGUGGGGAUGGAGGUAGACCUUGGGAUGAUGGAGUCUUUUCUGCGAUUAAGCAAAUUUAUUUGACAAAAGUAUCAGAAGGAAUCUGCUCGAUUCAAAUUGAGUAUGACCGAAACAGGCAAUCUGUGUGGUCUACAAAACACGGUGGUAAUGGAGGAGACACCAUGCAUAGGAUACAACUGGAGUAUCCGCAUGAGGUACUGACUUGUAUAUCCGGCUAUUAUGGAUCAAUCGGAAGAGACGAGAAUCAUAAAAUCAUAAAGUCACUGACAUUCCACACCAGUCGCGGUCAGUAUGGUCCAUAUGGCGAGGAAGUAGGGAAAUUCUUCACCUCAACCACUACAGAGGGGAAGGUGGUGGGUUUCCAUGGGAGGAAUAGCUUGUACUUGGAUGCUAUUGGAAUCCAUAUGCAACACUGGCUUGGAAGUCAGAAAACUUCAAGGUCUUCCCUUUUCAAGAUGUUUUGA